UAAGAGGAAGAUUAGUUUACCUGAUCUCCAUAUUCUGCUGUGUGGCUAUAUAAAUCGCUAAUAACCGCCAAACAUCCCAUAGAAAAGCUCGAGGAAGCAGCUGCUUUUUAACGGUCAGUCCCUGCACAGGGUCAAAGGUCAUCACAUAAUUACCGGAGAAAAAAGAGGUUCUAAUAUACAAAUUUGGAUGAUUGUUAUUUUUGUUAUUUGACUUUUAUUCAUUCUUUUUCGUUAAGUAUUGGAUCAUUUAAAAUUAAAACAAAAUAGACGUUUAGGGUUGGAUCUGUUAUACAGGAGUUGACACUGCUUUUUGGGAGGAUAACAAGCAGAAAAGGUUGGGAAUCACUGCUUUAAUAUACAGUCCAAUUAUGUAUAAGCUCAUCAUAUGUUUAGGCUAUGUUUUAAAAAAGCAACAACAAAAGCAGUCAGAUAAUUGUAGUGGAGAAAAAAGUACAGAGUACUUUACUUGAGUAAAAGUACUGAAAUGAUACACACACGUUGCGAAUAUCUGUAGAUGUUUCCUCUUAUUUUUCACUUAUUUAUUCAGCCAUGCUUUUAAUCACUCAGCUGCACUUGAGACACAUUAUAAUUAACAACACAUAACCCUGUUUUCUUCAGCCUCCAUGUCCUUACAGGAGCCGGUUGACCUUCCACUCCGCGGGUUUCCACCGCGCAUGUUUGUGCGUGGCUCAUCAUGUGAUGUAAUACGGUUACACAUCGAUUUAAUUGUGAAGCCGAUUUCAGCACCGGAGCUGUCCGAAACUGACGGAUGCUGCUGCUGCUGCUGCUGCUGCCGCGUGAAGCGAUGAUGCUGAGCUCGAGCUGCUGAAAUCCUCUCUCUCUCUCUCUCUCUCUCUCUCUUUCUCUUUCUCUCUCUCUUUCUCUCCUCUUCUCUCCCUCCUCGCGCCUCUCCUCCACACGCACAAAACGCUCUGUCAUGGCGUCUUCCAACCAUGUUACCCCCACCAACUGUAGCUGGUGGCCCAUCUCAGCCAUGGAUGAAGACGGCAAAAUCACAGACGGGGAGGAGUGCGAAGAACCCACGGCAGAGCCCAAACCCUUCAAUAAAGACAGGCUGGUUUUGUACCACUGGACGCAGUCUUUCACCUCCCAAAAGGUACGUCUAGUCAUUAACGAGAAGGGUCUGGUCUGCGAGGAGAGGGAUGUGAGCUUGCCGCUGCAGGAGCACAAGGAGCCCUGGUUCAUGAGGCUGAACCUGGGUGAGGAGGUGCCCGUCUUCCUCCACGGAGACACCAUCAUCAGCGACUACAACCAGAUUAUAGAUUACCUGGAGAAAAACUUUGUGGGAGACACGGUGGCUCAGCUGAUUCCUGAUGCAGACUCGCCUCUCCACGACCGUGUGCAGCAGUACCGCCAGCUACUGGACGGCCUGCCCAUGGAUGCUUACACACACGGCUGCAUCCUCCAUCCAGAGCUCACCAUUGACUCUAUGAUCCCAAAGUACGCCACCGCAGAAAUACGUAGACACCUGGCCAAUGCUGCCACAGAGCUGAUGAAGUUGGACCAUGAGGAGCCUCAGCUGACAGAACCGUACCUGUCCAAGCAGAAGAAGCUCAUGGCGAAAAUCUUGGACCACGAUAAUGUGAACUACCUGAAGAAAAUUCUGGGAGAGUUAGCCAUGGUUCUAGAUCAGGUGGAGGCUGAACUGGAGAAAAGGAAACUAGAGUAUCAAGGUCAAAAGUGUGAGUUGUGGCUAUGUGGACCUGAAUUUACACUAGCUGAUAUCUGCCUCGGGGCCUUGUUGCACAGGCUCAAGUUCUUGGGACUUUCUAAGAAAUACUGGGAGGACGGCAGCCGACCCAACCUGCAGUCCUUUUUUAUGCGUGUGCAAAAACGCUACGCUUUCCGCAAGGUCUUGGGCGACAUCCACACGACCCUCCUGUCCGCGGUCCUACCCAACGCCUUCCGGAUGGUAAAAAAGAAGCCGCCGUCCUUCUUCGGGGCCUCUUUUCUCAUGGGCUCGCUGGGAGGGAUGGGCUACUUUGCCUACUGGUAUUUAAAAAAGAAAUACAUGUAGUGAAUGCCCUCUUGUUGUGUUAAAUGUCUGUGUAUUUGUGUGAUGUUUCAACUUUUCUGUAAUGUUUUAUGACUGCAGGAAAACAUAAUGAAUCUAUAUAGAGAACACUAUUACUUACCUGGGUGAACAAAGAAAUAUUAAAACAUUCCAUAAUAAGAAAUUCUUGACAGCACAUUUUCUGGUAAUCAAGGCCUUCAUCGAGUUUAAUUUCUGGAAACUUGCAGCUCUUGUGCCUGCGAGUAGUCGUUUAAUUUUUGUUGGAGGCAGGUCCACUUAUACUGAAAACCUACAAGUAAAAGAAAACCCAGACAAAAUGUUAAAUACAGUAACACCAACAGGGGUUAACUGACCUUCGCAUGCCACUAUUAUAGUCAUUACUCAUACCUGCUCUUCACUCCUCCAUCUGCCUGAGGUUUCACCAGUAAAAACCACAGGAAAACGUACGUGACAAAUAUUUUCUGAUAAGUGCUGUGCUGCCAGAAACUGCCAGAUGAAACAGUGAAAUGAUGGAGGCAAACUAUAAAGGAAUAGUUUGAUGUUUUGGGGAAAUUAAUGAUUUGCUUUUUCGUCAAAAGUUAGACGAGGAGAUUGAUGCCACUCUCGUGUCUUUAUGCUCAAGAUGAAACUACAGUUAGAUGGUUAGUUUAGCUUAGCUUAGCAGAAAGACAGGAAACACUAUGUCCACAGGUAGAAAAUCCAGCCACCAGCUCCUCUACAGCUCACUAAUAACAUGUUCAUCUGAUUUGUUUAAUCUCUACAAAAGCCAGAGUAUAAAAUUAUUAUUUGUGGUUAGCUUAGCUGCUGGUAGGGAGAUUUUGUUACCUUUGGACAAAGCCAGGUGUCGUCUAGCUCUAGCCUAGGUGGUUCUUUAACAGCAUUUACUGCUGCUCUGAGGGUAUCAUGUCUGUAUGCUAAAUAACACCUAGCAGCUGGUUAGCUUAGCUUAACAUGACGACUUAAAGCAGAGGGAAACAGCUAGCCUUGGUUUGUCCCAAAUAAUUUCACAAUGCCCAAAGGAGUGCACAAGCAGCUCUCACUCAGAAAUAGCAGGUUAUAUAAUGUAUGAUAUUGUGUAGGUCACAGCUCUGACCUGUCAGGGCAUGGUCACUGGACCUCUGGGGGUGUCCUGUGGUGUCUGGCACCAGGACAUUGGCAGUGGAUCCUGUGGGUUUCUGGGUGGCGCCUCCAUGGAUCUGGUUUGUUCUUGUGCAUCCUGCAGAUGCUGGUUCAGACUGGGAUCUGGGGAGUUUGGAGGCCAGGUCAACACCUUGGGCUCUUUGUUGUUCUUUGAGACAUUUCUGAGCGGUUUUUGAGGCAGGGCUCCUGGCUGUAGCUUCACAUUUAUCAGAAACACAUGAGAGUGGCAUCAAUCUUCUCACUUAACUCUCAGCAACAGAGCAAAUGAGCACAUUUCCCUGAAACGUCAACCUCUUCCUCUUAAUAACUGUACACCCUACACACAAAAACACACAAACACACACAGAGACACAAGUGCGCUCAGAGUCAGUUUAUUUAGAGCACCACAGAUCACACAGCACACAGUGGUCCACCGUCACUCUCUUUGUCGCUGAGCAGGAGUUCAGAUGUUAGAAAUCUUUGGUGUUUGAUUCUUGGCUGAGUUGUAAUCGUAAUUUCUGCAUCUACGACACAAUCGUGUUGCGUUUAGGUUUAGGAUGUAUAGUUCAUUGCAUGGGUUCUUUCUUAUUGUGUAAAGCGUGUGGUGAUGGGUGGACACGGAGGAUUUUGUGUCGCCCAGAGAGGCAGAAUUUACGAUCACUACCGAACAUCAAAAACCAGAGAUUUCUAAAUGUUGCUGUUGCUAAAUGUAACGUUUGAAGCACCUGCACCGCACCGCGUGUUGGAGAUGGUCCCUCAGCAAUAUUUUACUGCUGUUUGUUUGUCGCCAGCUCCUCCUGACAGAUGCAAGAUUGUUUUUACAGAUAGAUAUUUUUAAUUAUACAUUGUCUCAUUUAUUUUACCGUGCUGAAUUUUUAAUGAGCUCAAAGGGUGAAUAAGGGGAACAGGCAGGUGGGGCGGGGUGGGGGGGGAGAAAAAAAGCUGACUCAUCUGAAGGCUUAGAGGGGUGAGAUGAGGAAAAAAAAGAGCCUUUCCCUCCUUGGCUAGCCCAGCCAGCUGUCUCAUUGUUUGUUGAUGCAGUGUACUUUUCUCGCUCCACACUCUGUUCACCCUUAAUGGGAGCCUUUCUGCUUUCUCUCAGUCAGACCUCCAGGGUUUAACAUGCUACAAAUCUGCUCCUCUAACCAUGCGCUCUUUAGGUUUAACUCAUUACGUGAGGUACUGGCUGGAGUUGUAAGCUGCUUUUUUUGUUUUAUGGCUGGUUAUACAGACAUUCUUGCAGUAAAGACUCUCAGUAACAGUGUUUCUUUCUGUCAUUUAAUAGGGGGGUAACUGUACAGCUCUAGCCUCGGAUAAUGAAGGUAAUUUAUGCGAGUCGUUCAGGAUACUCCCCUCCUCUCUGCAGGUGGUGAUUAGCAGCAGCUGUGGAAGACAAUGUUGAACCAAAGACGAUGAUCAAUGCUCCUUUAAUAGCAGUAUCGCAUUGCUGUGUUAUAUCUAGAUAAUUAAAUCUGAUUUUCAUUAAGAAAA